AGUGCAUAAGAGCAACUUAUUUUGUACAGAGCGAAAGAAGCUUGUUUCAGGCUCGCUUGUACUUCGUUUACUGCAUCACUCCGAGUGAAAAGAGGCCUAAUUCUUCAACUAAAAAUAUUUUGCUCACGAGUUAUUGGACAGGAGAAGUCGAAUCUGUGAAUAUCUUGCCAACUUUACUGAACUAAAUGAGUUAAGGAACAACAUUCGAUCUCUUGGAUUUAACGGACACGCGCACGCGGUGGCAAAGUCCACACCGCAAGGUUACUCGAAGUGUCCCAGUUGGAGCAGCAAAAUGAACACAGCCUGUGCCUUUGUGUGUUUCACUUUGCUUUCGGUUUCUGGUUUAACAGCGCCAGGAGAACUGGGUGCUUCUCAUUUCUUAUUUUUGCAUCCUCGUUUCCUUUCCUCUCAUCUUGGCUCCACUCCAAACACACGGCUGUAUUUUGAAAUAUCUUUGAGCACUCAAGCCUCACUUCAAACAAAGCGUCAUCUGCCGCGGUCAAGGGAUCUGAUUGGCUUCUCACACUUUGACGGCGCUUGCAACUUACAUUAGUGGAGAAAAAGCAUUUAGUGCUUUAAUAUUGUUGGAUGACAUCACUGUAGGAUAUUAUAAUUCAGAAACAAAGAUCUAUGUUGCAAGAGGAAAUACUACAAACGAAGAUGAUGUAAUAGAUCCAUAUCCUCUCAAGGAUGGAAGUGAAACUUUGCUUAAUCAUUUCAUAGAAAGAUCACAUCUCCUGAGACCUGUCAACGAAACAGAAAGUUAUGAAGUUCAUCAGGCUGUGAGUGUUUGUGAACAGAGUGACAAUAACCUUGAUCAAAUGAUCAGCAAAACCGCUUAUCAAGGCUCUACAUUUGAUGAGCUGCAUUUAUUUGAUGGCAAAUUCACAUAUCAGGUAUUUACAAAUUACACGGAACCAGAAAAAAUACGGAAUCUAGAACGGACCAAGUUACUUCUUGAGAAUUUAUAUAAAAGUAUAUAUUACCCAGCCUGUAUAAAAGUGCUGAAGAAUUACCUUAAAAAGAGAGAAACUCAACUAAACAGAAAAGUGAAACCGCUUGUCAGACUCAUUCAGAAAGCAAUCUCAAAUUCUGGAAGGUCUCGUUUGAGUUGUCUGGCAUCAGGGUUUUACCCUCGUCACAUCAACCUGACCGUGUUCAGAGAUGGGCAGCCUGUAUCUGAUCAUGAGAUCACUGGAGGAGUUCUGCUGCCCAAUGCUGACGGGACGUACCAGAUGAGGAAGAGUCUGGAGAUCAGUGCUGCAGACAAACACAAAUACACCUGCUCUGUCACACACCUCACUCUGGACGUCACUUUGGAUUUCAGUGAACCAUUUAAACCAGUGAUUCUCUCAGUGCUGAUAGUUUUGGCUCUGGUGUUUGGGACUGGAGUCGUCAUAUAUAUAAGGAGGAAGAGACAAGGAGAUUCAUCCAGAAUUGGUUAUUCUGCUGCUUCUAAUCAUAUUCAGACUUGAUGCUACAUGGAUUCAACAUCUUCAAACAAUGAAAAUUUUCGACAGUUGCUUCGGUUUAUUAUGAAAUAACAAUAUUAACAAUAUUAUUAGAUUUUAUGUAUGCCGUUUUAUUAAUUGUCCUUAAAACACAUUGUGAUCGGCACAUAUCACAAGUGACGUGUGCAAGAUGGUGCCUGUGUGUUUUUCGGCAUACCGUUAGUCUUGUCAGUUUUUAAAUAUCCAUUCAGUACUCUGGCUUUCUGUGCUUUCUCUGCUGUUGUUCAUUGUGCUGAUUCUAUCAUCACCUAUAAUCGCCAAGUACUGCUUCACAUCAAAAGUUUGUUAAAGAAUCAACCCAGAGACUGUCCCAUUGUAUUGUUGUUACUCCUCAUUCUCUCUUCCCUCGGCCAUGUUUGUUCGCCGGCUUUGUAUUAUCAUGCAGGUGGACAGAACUCAUCUUUCCCAGGCAGAGAAAGAGAGAUGCAAGUCUCAAGGCCUAUGUUUGUACUGCGGGAAAUUGCUGCACAAUGGGUGGGCUUUCAUUUGAAAAAUCUUCUCUUACUGCCAUUCUUAUUCUUGUCAGACUGCAGUGGGGCCGUUCUCAUUUCUUGUGUCAAACCUGAAUAGCCUUGGGAGCUGAGGGUAACUUCUUGGAUACCAAUUUUGCUCCCAAAUUAAAUAUUUGUUAAUGACAAAAGGCAGAUUAUACUUGCUUUCCGCUCCAGAAAGGUGUGGCCAUGGAGAAAUAUAUUUCUGAUUCUCUGGCAGCCAAAAUCAUCUCAGGUGGUUGUUCUCAUGCAGGUGCAGGGUUCUUCUUUGUGGAAAAGAAAGAUUAGUCCCUGAGUCCUUGCAUUGACUAUCGAGGACUGAACAACAUCAUGGUAAAGAAUACUUAUCCUUUGCCAUUGAUGUCUUCAGGCUUGGAAAGACUGCAGGGUGCUUCCUUUUUUAUGUAGUUGGAUCUUAGUAAUCAUUUGGUCUGCAAAAGAGAGGGGGAUGAGUGGAAGACCACUUUUAAUACUCCCAGAGGGCAUUUUGAAUAUCUGGUUACGCCAUUCUCGUUUUCCAAUUUGGCUCUGCAGCCAAUGACAUAUUGAGAGUAGGGCUGUGAAUCUGGGUAAGCUUUGAUUAGUUUCACGAUUCAUAGGUUUUCUAUUCAAUAAUGAUUUUGGCAAAUUUCAAACGAUUCGAUUCACAAUUAAAUUCGAUUAGACUGUAACGAUUUGAUUCUGCAUUCUUUAAGUGCAUUCAUAGGAUUAUUUAAAUGCUUUCCCCAAAUUUUUUAAAUGUAUAGUCAGGGGGCAAAUUACACCAGCCUAUAUGGUUGGAGAACCAUACAUUAGAGAGAAAAAAAAAAUUGUUUAAUGAUGGUAUGGCAUGACAUGGCAUACGUAAAUAUGUAUGUAAGCCAAGAUUUAAAAAAAAGAGCUACUUUAAAAAAGUAUUAUGCAUUAGCUUUAAAAGUAUUAUGCAUUAGCUAACAUUUUUACAAGGAAUUCUCCCUUUUUUAUUACUUUUAAUUUGAUGUAAUAAAUCAAAUACACUGCUCUAUAAUAAUCAAACAUUUGUAAUAAAUAUUUUUUCCUAAUGGCAAUUUUAUGAUUGUUUUAUAUAGACUACCACAUUUAACUAGCUAUUAUUUUAGUUUUCUGCACAGAAUAAGGUAGAAAAUAUACUUUAUAGUUUCUGUACUGUAAUAAAUUGUCAAUUAGCACUCCGUCGUU